AUGGGGAUCAGAGACUCUCGCUUUUACAAAAUGCUCGUUAAAGACGACGAGAAGGAAGAAGGCUCCAUCUUUAUGGGGAUUUUUAUCGGUCUCUUUGCUGCCUUUGGUGGUAUCUUAUACGGCUACGAUACCGGAACGAUUUCUGGUAUCCUUGCCAUGCCAUACGUGUUGAAGGAGUUCCCAGCCAACAAGGAAAGUUUCACCUCCAGUGAGGAUUCCUUAAUCGUGUCCAUUUUGUCUGCCGGUACUUUUAUCGGUGCUAUUUUCGCUCCUUACAUGGGCGAAAGGUUCGGUCGUCGCUUCACCAUCAUCGUUGCCACCUGUAUUGUUUUCAACAUUGGUGUUAUUCUCCAGGUGGCAUCCACUAGCAUUCCAUUGUUGUGUGUCGGUAGAGUCAUCGGUGGUCUUGGAGUCGGUCUUAUCUCCUCUAUGAUUCCGUUGUACCAAUCUGAGACCGUGCCUAAGUGGAUUCGUGGUGCCGUCGUUUCUUGCUACCAGUUUGCCAUCACUAUCGGCUUAUUGUUGGCCUCUUGCAUCAACCAGGGUACCCAUCUCAGAAACGAUUCGGGUUCUUACAGAAUCCCCCUUUCUAUCCAAUUACUCUGGUCAUUAAUUUUAGGUGUUGGUAUGAUUUUCUUGCCAGAAUCACCAAGAUUCUUUGUCAAGACUGGAAAGGCUGAAAGGGCAAUUGAGUCUUUAGCCACAAUCAGAAGAUUACCAGCAGACCACCCCCAGAUUCUCAAAGAGUAUGAGGAAAUUAAGGCCAACUAUGACUAUGAAAUGUCUGUUGGUGCUUCUUCCUGGAUCGACUGUUUCAGAACAUCCAACUCCCAGUUGAAGAGAUUGAUCACCGGUGUGUUCUUGCAGGCCUUCCAACAGUUGACUGGUAUCAAUUUCAUCUUCUACUUUGGUACCACCUUCUUCAAGAACAGUGGGAUCAAAAAUUCUUUCAUCAUCUCUGUUAUAACUAACGUCGUCAAUGUGGUCAUGACCGUCCCUGGUAUCUUUUUAGUUGAAAUCUUGGGUCGUCGUGCCAUGUUGAUGUACGGUGCGAUUGGUAUGUGUGUUUCCGAUUUCAUUAUCGCCAUUGUGGGAGUGACCACCGACAGUGCAGCUUCCAACAAGGUCAUGAUUGCUUUUGUCUGUACCUUUAUCGCUUCCUUUGCUGCUACCUGGGGCCCAAUUUGCUGGGUUGUCGUUGGUGAAAUCUUCCCGUUGAGACUUAGAGGCAAGUGUGUGGCAAUGUCUUCGGCCUCCAACUGGUUGUGGAACUUUGGUAUUGCCUAUGCCACCCCAUACUUAGUGAACACCGGUAAGGGCAACGCUGGCUUGCAGUCCAAGGUUUUCUUCAUCUGGGGUGGUUUCAAUUUGGCCUGUCUUGUCUUUUGCUUCUACUUCGUCUACGAGUCCAAGGGUUUGUCAUUGGAGCAGGUGGAUGAGAUGUACGAAGUUUGUGACAACGCCUGGACUUCCCACAACUUUGUUCCGACUAAGAACGGGUUCAGCCAGCACCUUAAUGACAAGGAGACUGUUAACCAUUUGGAGAAGGGCGAUUCAGAAGUUUCCGUAUAG